UGUGGAUACCGUUAAGCUGAGUACCCUGAAACUGAAACGUAUAAAAGUGCUAUAGCGGAACAAAGCUUGCUGACGGAACUACAAAUCCCAUAAUUCUGCGCCGCUAUAUAUUGAUUUCCGUUCCGCCUUUCGCUUCGCUCCUCCAAAGAGCGCGGGGUUGUUAUAAUCAUCGCUUCAGUUGAUGAAGGGGGAAAAAGUCAUCGGAGAAUCCUGGGUGUUGCUGAAAUCCACCGCAAGUCGGCAGCUGCGUCACUCCGCGGUUCCGGUGUCCUACCAUGGAAAGUGCUGAGAGCAGCGGACGGGAAAGCGCUGGAGGCGCCAGCGAGACGUGGAGCGCGACCGCCAAUGGGGGCCACGAUCGAAGCAGAGGAGAGUUCGUGUGGACGCUGCAGGCCACUUGGCAGCUCGUUCGGACACGCCUCUCCAUGGACUCUGAGUUCAGCCGGCCCGUGUGCAAGAAGAAGAAGCUGUGGGAGACACUGGCGGAGAGGGUGACGGGCGAGCUGCGGGCGGCGGGCAACCCCGACGUCACGGUCAAAGCCUUCGAAUGUGACCUUAAGUGGAGGAACAUGCUGGCGACGUACAGGAAGAACGCCGAGAGAGCCAAGAGGCUGGGCACCCACAACGUCCACUGGGAGUUCUUCCAGGCCAUGCACAAGGUCCUGGGCCAGAGCAAGGGGGAGGACAAGGCGCAGAAGAAGGCGAAGCUGGACCCAACCAAGCUGAGCAGCUCCCUGGCCAGCAAGCGGUUCACGCCAAUCCUUCCGAACCUGCCGUUGCCCACCACCCCUUUCCCUUCCCGUCCUCCCCAGGACGUCCUGCAGCUGUAUCUCGAGCUGCAGGAGAGGAAAAUGAACAUGUGGACGCAACAAAAGGCCUUGGAGGAGCGAAAGAUCGAAGCCAUUAACAAUCUGGCCCGAGCGAUCUCGAGUCUGGCCGAGGACGCCAAUGCCGAGCUGCCCAAAGAGAGCGGUUGCAGCUAGGCGGACGUGGACAGGGAUGUGGCAGGAACGGCUUUAUUUCGUGCAACGGAUUUUAGAUUACGCCAGUGCUUUCCUUAAAUUUUGGCCUCAUUGCAUAACUGCAUUCAUUUCUUUAAAAAAAAAAAAAAAAAAAACCAGGAAAUUAUGCAUCUUGAAUUUUCGUAGCAUGUAUACAUGAGUAUGGCCCUGUCACAUUUGAGCCCAGGCUCUCAGAGAAGUUUCGCUUUCUAACUCCUCUUUUGCUUCAACAGCUUGUCUUUCUGCACUUUUGUCUACAUCGGGACUUUCUGUUCUUACAAGGUGCAGAAGGAUUUUAAUGAUACAAAUAAAAGCUGUACAGGCAGACAAAAACUGCAGCUGGCAAAAAAAAAUUAAGUUUACUUGAGGACAAGAGUGCACACUUGUGCACGUUUUCAUCUCAGUGAACUUGUGUAAAGACUCAAGAGUAUUUUUCAUACAUUUGAAAUAAGUUGUAUUAUACAGUGUUUAUUCUAUAAAGGCACCACUCGAGAUGUAAUUUUUAAUAAAAAAAAUCAAAUGCCA